AUGCCUCCUCAUCCUAAAUCCGCAAAUCCCCGGAGUCGUCGUGUCGAAGACGCUCUUUCGCAACUAGUCGACUCCCUUCUACCUCCUAGUCCACAUAUUCUCGACGAUGAUACCGACUCAGAAUCAUAUCGUGAUGGCCACGCACGCGCAGAAGCCGCCGAGAGAGAUGAGCUUCGGCAUCAGCUUGCACUGGAGAAUGCUUGGCGAAUAAUAAGGAAUUACGGUAGUGGGAACAAGCAUCAGCCCGGAUCAAGUGUUGAGGUUUCCGCUGAUGUUAUCAACAAUGCCCCUGACCUGAUCAAACGCAGGCUACUUAAAACGAAUGCAACGCCAGAUAAAGCCGUCCGGUUUUCCAAUUUAUAUUCGCGACUACUUACGCAGCCGGUUUUGAGCCAGAAGUGGGCUAUCCUAUACUUACUCUAUCGCAUUGGGGGGCGCAACAAUAAUGCAGACCAAAGGGACGGUAACCUCCUAAGGGAGGGAGCUCGAAGCCCGUUACUUGAUGAACGUCAGCUGGAUUACAUGUCGAUGAAAGAAAAACUUGGAGGAAGAAGACCAAAUGCCCCCGAGAGCAUUAACCCUGGAUCUUCAGCUUCUGCUAUUGGCAGGAAUACCCCCCCUAUGGAACUGAAUCAAUCCCAACGAGAAUGGCGAGACUCAGAUUUCUCUAAGCAACCGGAGCGUAAAAGGAAAAUCGAAGAUGAGACAAAGCCGUCGGGGUCAACCGUUAGGAACAUGGAAGACUUCAUUCCAGCUGAGAAGCCAAACCAAGAGCCAGAGCCUCCAGCGCAAGAAAAACUAAUGGUAAAGCCAUCUGAACCUGAAAUCCUCCGCGAUCUCCCCUUCUUCCUACAGGGGCUAUCAACAACGAAUCUAGAAUUCUUGGCUCAAUCCGUUCUUAAACUUCCAAAAACACUUCCUACGCCCAUUGUCUCACUCCUUCACACACUCGCUGAGCCAUGUCUAUUAUAUCGGGGAUUAUCUAAGUUUGUGGAGCAAUCAGAAGGUGGAUUAAUUGAGCAGAGCUUAAGAGCAGCAGUAGGGAGCGAACUUCGCUCAUACCUUGGCUUGGUAGCGAGUUUGGAAGGAGAAAUAAGGAGAGCUCUCACUGCUGUUUCCCAGGAUUCUGCUGAUCAGAAAACAGUCAUGGGGGCCGGAGUGACUCUAAAGAGAUGUAUUAUAUGGACAAAAGAUGCCACACUUGCACUACGGUUGAUGAGCUUGAUGGUAGAAGAAGCUCAAAAUAAGAGAGGAGGACAGCUGAUCUCCAUGAUUCACGAAUUUUCGACUUCUCACGGCGACCCUUUUGUUGGUGCUUAUGCUGAGAGACUCUUAACCCAGGUGACACGGCCUUUUUACAACAUGCUUCGGCAGUGGAUAUAUGAUGGUGAACUAUCCGACCCCUAUAAUGAGUUCUUUGUCGUGGAGCCAGAAACUCGACCAGAUAUAGACCCACGACGUGCGGCAACCAGCGUUUGGGACGAGAAAUAUAAAUUGGACAAUGACAUGGUCCCAACUAUCAUGACACAUGAUUUCGCCAAAAAGGUGUUUUUGAUCGGCAAAUCACUUAACUUCAUUAGAUAUGGUUGCGGCGAUUCAGCUUGGGUCGUUGCAUACUCUCGUGAAUCAUCAAAAGCAUUGCAGUAUGGUGACACUGCCACCCUUGAGACUUAUAUUGAUGAAGCAUACAAAACCACGAUGGCUCGUCUUAUCUUCCUGAUGGACUCCAAAUUCAAAUUGUUUGAUCACCUUAAGGCUCUAAAGAAGUACUUACUACUUGGCCAGGGAGACUUCAUUGCCUUGCUCAUGGAAAGUUUAGCUUCCAAUCUUGACAGGCCUGCUAACUCCCAGUAUCGCCAUACAUUGACUGCCCAGCUCGAACACGCCAUCAGAUCUUCUAAUGCCCAGCAUGAUUCCCCCGAGGUACUAAGGCGUCUAGAUGCCCGCAUGUUAGAGCUUAGUCAUGGUGAAAUUGGCUGGGAUUGCUUCACCCUGGAAUAUAAAAUCGACGCUCCUGUCGAUGUGAUAAUUACCCCAUGGGCUUCAACUCAAUACCUGAAGGUGUUCAAUUUCCUUUGGAGGGUAAAGAGAGUCGAAUUUGCACUUGGCAGUACAUGGCGACGAUGUAUGACUGGAGCAAGAGGGGUGUUAGGUGGUGUCGACGAUAAACUUGGAGCAGACUGGAAAAAAGCUCGUUGUGUUAUUGCUGAGAUGAUACACUUUGUUUGUCAGCUUCAAUAUUAUAUUUUAUUCGAAGUCAUUGAAGCUAGCUGGGAUCAGCUACAAAUCGCCAUCUCCAAGCCAGGGUGUACAUUGGACGACCUCAUCGAGGCGCACACCAAAUAUUUGAACUCGAUUACCCACAAGGGCUUGCUAGGGUCUUCGUCAUCCUCUUUCUCCCGCUCCACCGGAAACAAAGAGGACUCCUUCCUCUCCCAACUUCAUCAAAUACUCAAAGUGAUGCUUGCGUACAAGGAUGCCGUGGACGGUUUAUAUUCUUUUUCAGUCGCAGAAUUCACACGCCGGCAGGAACUGAAUGCAAAGAUUGAACUUCGCACAGCACAGGGUCGAUGGGGAGUAACUGAGAAAGAUGUACAAGAGCCAUCCACAAGGCCAAGCAGGUCUGGUUCAACUCGAAGGGUAGAUCCGCCAGCUUUGGGAGGGUUUGAUGUGCCACCAAAUCAAAAGCGAUGGUGGACGGCAGAUCCAAAUACCCCUGGAACACCCAUUCCCAGUGGUGACGCGCUCUUUGGGGGCGAAGACCACCUAUUACCAUCUCUCCGUGAGCGUUUACUUGAACUGUCCUCUGACUUCCGUGUUCGCCUAGUUACUCUCCUUGGUGACUUGGCAUAUCAGCCCGACGUCGACAUGCGUUUCCUAGGGGUAGUGAUGAAUUUUAAUGAUGUAUAUCAAGUUGCCAGGAGAAGGCGCGGAGUUUCAACGAAGGAUAAAAGGAAAUGCACGGGUGGCCCUGGUGGAGAGUCAACCGCAGACAGAGACCAAGAAAAAGCUGCGGGCAUUUCAUGA